AUGGCUGACAGAACCAACGAGAUUAAGAGCGCUUGUACAGCGGCGGUGCUCAACCUGUUCCCAGACAUCUGCACAGAUUAUCUGGAAAAGAUUGCGACCGAUCUACAAUACGAUCACGGCCAGGUCAUUGAUGAAAUCUUGAGCUGCAUCGAGAACGGGAAGUCCUAUCCAAAAAAGCCUCGUACUAAAGUUUUGAAGCGCAAGCGAGGGAUUCCCGAAGAAGCUGAUGAAACGUCUAAAUUACGUCGUCGCUAUGAUUAUGUCAACCGUCCUAAGGAGAUGGGUCCGGUCUAUAUAAGCGUCUCGAAAAAGGUAUUGGCACAAGAUUUUCCUCGAGCGACUAUGAAGAGUAUCGUGAAACUUCUUGAGCAGAACGAUAACCUGCUUAUGAGAACAUACCUCGCCCUCGAUGAGAUUAACCGCAACUGGCAAGAAGGCAAUUUACGACCCGGGUUUGAGAUGAAGAAAACCAGGACCGUUCCGAAUCCGGAGCUCACGCCAGCACAGCUUGAUCAAACCAUCAAUAACUCAACUUUUGAAGACAAAAAGAGAGCUCUAGAAGAGCUGAGAGCGGCGCGAAAAAUUUGCGAGGCAGAAGCAGCGAAACGCAACUCAGCGAAAGACAAGCAGUGCGAAGAAAAGGAGAACCUCGAACGGGCCAAGGAAAACGGCACUGCUACUGAGUGUGGCUGUUGCUUUGGAGAUUUUGCGAUGAAUCGUAUGGUUCAUUGCUCGAGGACAGACAAUGUGCAUUACUUCUGCGUCGAAUGUGCGCGACGCAAUGCGGAGACUGCCAUAGGACUCACGAAAUAUGAACUUACCUGCAUGUCGACGGAUGGUUGCAAUGCCGGAUUCUCUCAUUCCCAGCGUUCUAUAUUCCUCGACGAUAGACUCAUUGCUGCCCUGGACCGCAUAGAAUGUGAAGCCGUCCUCCGAAUUGCAGGCGUUCAAAACUUAGAGACUUGUCCGUUCUGCCCCUUUGCAGCCGAAUACCCCCCUGUCGAGGAGAACAAGGAGUUCAGAUGUGCCAAUCCAGAAUGUCAGGUGGUAAGCUGCCGGCUCUGCAGGGAUGAAACACAUAUUCCGCGGACUUGUGAAGAGGCCGCACGGGAAAACGGUCUCUCAGCUCGGCGCGAAAUCGAAGAAGCCAUGUCAGCGGCUUUGAUCCGAAAAUGCAACAAAUGUUUUCUGACAGAGCCAGGUGGUACGCCCUUCAUCAAAGAAGAAGGAUGCAACAAGAUGACAUGCACCAGAAGCGGUUGCCACAACGUGCAAUGCUACGUUUGCUCCAAAUCGUGCGAUUAUACCCAUUUUGAUGAUUCCGCAAGAGGCGGGAAGAAAGGGAAUUGCCCUCUAUUCGAGGUUGCCAAGGAACGCCAUGAUAGAGAGGUACAUGAGGCUGAGGAAAAGGCCCGCCAAAAGGUCAUGGAUGACAACCCCGACUUGGAUGAAGAGCUUCUGAAGUUUGAUACUCCCGAGGCGUUGCUCGAGAAUGAGGCAGAAAAGAGAAAGAGGAUGCCACAGCAGAACGCCCAGCAUAUGCCGAUAUAUAACGACAUACAUUUUGCACAGCGGUACAUGCAGCAAGCCCAGCUGUUUGCACGCGACAGGUUCCUACGCGGGAAUCACAAUGUAAUUCCACCCAACAUACCGCCACCUCCGCCGCAGCCACGUCCUGCAGUUCAGCUCGUGCAUAUUGUACACGGAGUUGAUAUCCAGGCGAAUCAACAACUGGCCGGACAAGCCAAAGUAUCACCUGUGUAUGUUCAACAGGCACAACCCCCUCCGGCUGCAUCGCCAGGACCUUCUUCACAACCGGCAAAGCAAGCAAACCAUGCCCAAGGGAACCAGCCUGGACACCAGUGGCAACCACAGACAUGGCAGCCCUUCCACCCGCUUAGAAUAGUGAGACAACUUGGUGACGGCCAGCCACGCCCAAAUACAGCCAACUUCGGAUGGCAGCAGCCAUAUCCGGCCAUAGGGGGCAUUCAACAAGCGCAGUACCCGCCUGCCAAUUUCAACAUGCCUGUACCAAUAGUGACUCGUCAUAGUCCGAUGGCAAGUCGUCUUCAAGGAGACGAACACUCGAGCCGCCCAGGCUCUGACGGAGUCCACAGCGGAGCCGCAGGAGACGUCAAAGUGGCAGAGAACUUAUCCAUCCGAGCUCAACCACAAGUACAUCAUACAAUACAUCUCGCAGCAGCAUUCCGCGGCCCCCCACAGCCACCAUUAGCGAUUGCCCAUUCCCUCUCCGGAAGGCCGUCGACGGUGAACUUGACCUUUGGCCAACCUAACUCUGGCCAGCCACAAGUACCGCGGCCGAUGCCGUUUGCAGCCAACGCGACCGGGCAAAACCAGGAGCUGGCCAAACUUGGGAAAACCCCAGACAAUCCCCUGGAACUGGAUUAA